UGUGAGCCACUGCUUUUUAGUAGCUCAGCUUGACUGUGAUCUCACCAUGUUUUUCCGCUGUGAACUGGUUAUACUGAUAGUCGGGCUGACUCUCGAUGGUCAAGUUCGUACAGGGGAAAUUGUUGGAGGUCACGAGGCUGUUGCACACAGUAGGCCCUACAUGGUGCUUUUGGACCAGCACGCGGAGGAUGGUAAAAAAAAAUACUGUGGUGGCUUCCUUCUGAAUGAGGAUUUUGUGAUGACUGCAGCCCACUGCAAAGCCUGGUCCUCCUACGUCUUACUAGGACUUCACAAUUACCGUAACAGAACUGGUGUACAGCGUGUCAUGGUGAAACAAACAUUUCUACAUGAAGACUACAACGCAGUGACUUAUGAAAAUGACAUAAUGCUUCUGAAGUUGAGCACCAAGGCAAUUUUCAAUGAAAAUGUGAGGCCCAUUGCUCUCGCAGACCAAGGUGAUGGCUCUGUGCCAAAAUCAUGCACAGUCUCUGGCUGGGGAAGAACAAACAGGACCAUAGAAUCACUGUCUCUCAUUCUCAUGGAAGUCAAUGUAACACUGAAUGACAGUGAUCAGUGUAAUAAGGACAAAACAUACUGCUCUAAGGGAGAUAAUGGACCAGCUAAGGGAGACUCUGGUGGUCCACUGGUCUGCGAAGAUGGAAAGGCAUACGGGGUGGUGUCCUCUCGCAAACUGGACUUUGAUGGCCUGGAAAUAUACAGUUAUGCUAAGAUCCCGCACUACAGAAGCUGGAUUGAAUCCAAGAUGAAGCCUCAGAGAAAGCCCUACAUCUAGUAACUGUUUGAUCAAAUCACAGCAUUUGAACUGAGUGUUUGUAUGACGCUGGAGAGCCAGUAACUGAGGAUGCUAAUGUUGCGACUGAUUCCACAGUGAUGUGAGUGCUUUACAAAGAUUUAAUUAAAAAAGUGCUUGACUUUAAUGUUUCAAAAUGAUACAAUUGUUCAGCUGAUUGUUCAGCAAGAGUCAGUAGAUGAACGUGAUUCUGUUCAUUUAAGUGACAUGCUUUGGCUUUAAUGGUACAGCUGUUUCUUGUUUGUUUUUGGCUGCAGGGGGCUACAAAUUGACAUCAUUUUUUUGUAAACAGACUAUUGAUUAUUCAAAGCAAAAUCCAAAUUUAAACCAAACACAUGCAGUUUUUUUCCCAAGGCUGGGCUUUAACAAGCCAAUCAUAAAUUAAGUAUGGCUUAAUAUCUAAAAAAAAUAAGUUUAAACUCAAUCCUGUUUGAUGUUUGUUGGUUGAUGUCAUGCUGCUCUUAAAUACAACAUUAUAUCCUUUAAAUGUAUUAGUGCUUUGUGCUUUUUUGACUUAAUAUACUGAGAGCACAGGAUCCUCUGUUUGUUUUGUAUCAUCUUUUUAAACAAAUAAACUGUUGCUCUCUCA